AACAAAUGGAAGAAGAUAAGGAGCAGCUCACUAAGACUCUUAGCGAGCACAGCCAAGAUGAGAAGAAGGAAACUCUAUUUAGGAGAAUGACUAAGUUUUAUAUGAGGCAUAAAAAGACUAUUUGGGGAAUCACAGCUGCCUCAACGGUUAUAUAUACAUGAUAUAAGAUGUAUAACGCAUGCAAAUCAACCAGUGAGUUCACUGAAGAUCUUAAGGCCAGCAAGAUAGAAGAGGUUAUUAUUAUGGGCAUUACCCUAGCAUUUAAAAGCAAGGAGACCCAUACUUGGAGUUUGAGUGAGAGAAGUUUCUAUUCUGAUGAAGUUCUCCUGAAGCUACUUGAAGACUCAAACACUAAGUACUCGUGUCUACCUAUUUCAGAUGUCACUUUAGGAGUGGUGAUGGUUAAUAUUAUACUCCCAUUCUGGUUUGUAAAAUGGUUUUUCAAUAAGCUAGUUCCUCCCACAGAAAUCAAGAGAGUCCAAAGCCUUCAGAAUGACGGAGUUACCUUUAGUGAUAUUGGAGGAAAUGAGGAUGCAAAGAGGUCUCUUCAGGACAUUGCCAAGUACCUUGGAACUCCAGAGAAGUACAAGAGCUUAGGUAUCAGACUCCCUAAAGGAAUUCUCUUAUAUGGCCCUCCUGGGACUGGAAAGACCUUAUUAGCGAAAGCCUUUGCUAAUGAGUGCCGUGUUCACUUCCUUUACGCAUCAGGAGCUGACUUCGUCGAGAUUUAUGUAGGUGUCGGACCUAAAAAGAUCAGGGAGAUGUUUAAGCAAGCGAGAAGUCUCGGAAAAUGUGUCAUUUUUAUCGACGAAAUUGAUUCUUUGGGAUACAAGAGAGGAUCAGGGACUAAUAUAGAAUUUGACAACACUCUUAAUCAACUCUUAACUGAGAUGGAUGGUUUCAAUGGCUCCGAAGGUUUCACUGUGAUAGGUGCCACAAAUCAACCGGAGAGGAUCGACCCAGCUCUGCUCAGGCCAGGUAGAUUUGACAGGAAAAUUGAGAUCGAGGUCCCAGAUUUGGACACUAGAAAAGACAUCCUCAAGAUUCAUCUGAGAAAGAAGCGGUUCUUUGAUGAGGAAGUAAUAGCUGAGAUUGCAGAGAACACAGAAGGGCUCAAUGGAUCAGAGCUCGAGAAUAUCGCUAACGAGGCCGCUUUUGACGCACUGAAUAAUAACUCAGAGGUAAAAUUAGCGGAUUUUGAAAUUCUUGGGUGUCAUUUUGUUCAAAAUCAAUGGAGAUGUUUUAUAAAAUUGUUCUGACCGUUGGUAUAGGUGAUCCAAAGAGGUACGACAAAAAAUGAUUAAAAUGCAUAUUUAAUGGUUGAGAAAUUCUGCAAUAUUGUAGAGAAUAUUUCUAUUCUACCAAAUUUGUGUUUGAACCUUGACAAUUCUAUAGGCAAUCUGAUGAAUGCAAUGGAAAAGAUAUUUGAACAGAAAAAAUCUAUUGAGCAGAUGAAUGAAGGCGAGAUGCUGUUAUUCAACAAUCCGUUCAUUAAGCCAAAAGUUAUUUCAAAAUAAUUUCCCAGAAGUAUUUCAAUAUUGAGUAAUUU